GGCUCCCUCGCGAAUCACAACAACAGUGAGUGUUUUUGGUUGGCGGUGGUUGAUGGGCACGGCCAUGGCUCCUACCAUCUCUUCCCUCGCCUCACCUUCCCGCUCUCUUCGUUUCCCCUCUCCAAAUUGUAACCCUAAUUCCUCAUUUUUCCAUAGACGAACCCAAUUCCUCAGCUUCGUCUCCAAUUCUUCAAACCAGCGCAAUGUCCAUGACUCCACCACUCCUCCUCCUGAACCCUCCGAGAAGAAAUCGUUCGCCGUCGCCACCGGUGAGCUCUUCUUGGGGAUUGCGUCGCGUCUGAUCAAACGCCGCAGCAAUACAGGAAGCCUCGUGGGCGAUUCGGCUUCCGUGGCCAUGUUCGAGAAUUCAGGGGAGUUUUACGAGGAGAGAAUUGGUGCGGUGGUGGAGGAUGAGAUUGAACCCGACGUCGUUUGGGAACAAAGGGUUAAGGACGUUGAAGCGGAGCGCAAUAGGCGAGUGGUUACAACACCUGGUUUUAGCUUUUCUGCUGCUGGACUUCUCUUCCCUUACCAUCUUGGAGUUGCUCAGUUUCUCAUUGAGAAUGGUUACAUUAAGGAAACCACACCUUUAGCUGGUUCCUCUGCUGGAGCUAUAGUCUGUGCCGUGAUUGCUUCUGGAGCUAGUAUGGAAGAAGCCUUGAAUGCUACUAAAAUAUUGGCUGAAGAUUGUCGGAAUGGGGGGACCGCAUUUCGGCUGGGGGCUGUUCUACGUGGCGUUCUUGACAAGUUUUUGCCAGAUGAUGCUCAUAUAAGAUCCAAUGGGAGAGUUCGAGUUGCUGUGACACAGCUUCUUUGGAGACCUAGGGGUUUGUUGGUGGAUAAGUUUGAUUCCAAGGAAGAUCUCAUCAAUGCAGUUUUUACUUCUUCCUUUAUUCCAGGAUAUCUUGCACCAAGGCCAGCAACGAUGUUUCGAAAUCGACUAUGCAUUGAUGGGGGUUUAACGUUGUUUAUGCCUCCGACAUCUGCAGCACAAACAGUUCGUGUUUGUGCUUUCCCAGCAAGUCGAUUGGGAUUACAGGGGAUAGGGAUUAGUCCAGACUGCAAUCCUGAAAACGUGUGGAGCCCCCGACAGCUUUUUAAAUGGGCACUUGAGCCAGCAGAAGAUGCUAUUCUUGACCGCCUCUUUGAGCUUGGAUAUCUCGAUGCUGCUGUCUGGGCAAAGGAAAACCCAGUUAAAGAAUUAGUGCAAGAUGAUAGCCCUGUGUUUGGAAGUAGCAUUGCUGCAUAGCUCAUUAUGUAGAUUGAAGAUGCUUGAGGAAACCAGAGUAUUGAAGUCAAGUAUGUUACCUAGAAAUGGAGCAAAAAUUCAUUGGUAGAAGUUCACAAGUACCAAUAUAAAUCUCAUUUCUUCAUAUUAAUUGUAGAUUGCAAUAGAAUACUUAACCCUCUACGAGAAGAGGAGAAAUAAAAAGAAAGAAAAAAAAUAGAGAGGUAAUAUAUUUAAAAUUUUAGUCUAAAGGUUCAUGUAUUUUGAAAUCCUGAUCCUCCUCCUGAUUUAUUGUGAAAUACAAAUAGGCUUUAUAGCUAGUGAUUCAAAUGAUGUACAUG